ACCGCUGUCGUUUGGUUGACUCUUCUCCUGGCAGUGGUGUCGGCGGUGGACCGAAGCAACUUCAAGACCUGCGACCAGAGUUCCUUUUGCAAGCGUCAGAGGAACAUAAAGCCUGGAAGCUCCCCUUAUAGGGCUCUGCUGGAAUCUCUGCAGCUCAGCCAAGAUGCCAUGAAAAUCCAGCUUAUUAAUGAAGCCAACAAGGUUCCUCUCCUCCUCGAGUUUUAUGGCUUGAAAGGGAACAUGACUCGCCUCCGGAUCAAUGAGUUGACUCCCCUCAAGGCCCGCUAUGAGGUACCCGACGUCUUAGUCCAGGAUCCCCCCACCACCAGAUUGUCUGUCACAGGCCGCGACGAGAACAGCGUGGAACUGUCGCUCGGUGACGGGAUCCACAAGGUGAUCCUGACGGCGAAGCCUUUUCGCAUGGACUUGCUGGCAGGGCGGGAGCUGGUGCUGAGUGUCAAUUCCCGGGGCCUGCUUGUCUUUGAGCACCUGCGCCAGAGAAAGGACUCUUUCUCGGAUAAAGUUAGUAGCACGGUCGUUAGCAUUUGGGAUAGGAUCAAGAACCUUUUCUCUAGAACACCAACAAAGGAACCAGAGUCAGAAGGGGAGGGGGCUACGGAGGCCUCCGACGUCCCUUUGCCUUCGGAGGAGGAAUCUGCGGAGAAAACGGAGCAGCCGGAGGAGGUAUCCAAAAAGGAAGGCGAGGCUGAAGAGGAUCCUGGAUCCUGGGAAGAAACUUUCAAGACCCACACAGAUAAAAAACCCAAUGGGCCAACGUCGGUAGGACUUGAUUUCUCAUUCCCGGGAGUGGAGAACGUAUAUGGCAUUCCAGAACAUGCAGACAACCUUCGUCUUCGAACCACCGAGGGAGGGGAUCCAUACCGCCUCUAUAACUUAGACGUCUUCCAGUAUGAAAUCUACAAUCCAAUGGCUCUCUACGGAUCGGUUCCGGUGUUGUUAGCUCACACCGCCCAGCGCACUCUAGGCAUUUUUUGGUUCAAUGCGGCCGAGACCUGGGUGGAUAUCACCUCCAACACAGCUGGCAAGACCCUGUUUGGGAAGAUGCUGGAUUACAUACAAGGAGGAGGAGAAACACCCCAGACAGAUGUUCGUUGGAUGUCAGAGAGCGGAAUUAUAGAUGUGUUCCUACUGCUGGGACCUUCACCUACUGACAUUUUCAAGCAGUACACAUCCCUCACAGGCACCCAGGCUCUGCCUCCACUCUUUGCCCUGGCCUAUCACCAGAGCCGCUGGAACUAUAACGACGAAGAGGAUGUGAACACAGUGGACAACGGCUUUGACGAGCACGACAUCCCGUAUGACGUCAUCUGGCUGGACAUUGAACACACUGACGGCAAGCGCUACUUCACCUGGGACCCCAACAAGUUCCCCCAUCCCCGGGAGAUGCUUCAGCAGCUGGCAGCCAAGAGGCGGAAGAUGGUGAGCAUCGUAGACCCACAUAUCAAAGUUGAUACCGGCUACCGAGUCCACAAUGAGAUUCGCUCCCGGGACUUUUACGUCAAAACCAAGGAUGGGAAUGACUAUGAAGGCUGGUGUUGGCCAGGUUCAGCAGGCUACCCGGAUUUCACUAACCCCCAGAUGCGUACCUGGUGGUCCAGCAUGUUUUCUUACGACCAAUACGAGGGCUCCAUGGAGAACCUCUACACCUGGAACGACAUGAAUGAGCCCUCUGUCUUCAACGGCCCUGAGGUCACUAUGCACAAGGAUGCUGUCCACCAAGGAGGCUGGGAGCAUCGUGACAUCCACAACCUGUAUGGCUUCUAUGUGCAAAUGGCAACAGCCCAGGGCCAAGUGCAGCGGUCUGGUGGUGUGGAGCGGCCCUUUGUGUUGUCCCGAAGCUUCUUUGCGGGUUCACAACGUUACGGCGCUGUGUGGACAGGGGACAACGCAGCCGAGUGGGACCACUUAAAGAUCUCCAUCCCCAUGUGCCUCAGCCUGGGUCUAGUGGGCAUCUCUUUCUGUGGAGCCGACGUGGGCGGCUUCUUCAAAAACCCCGAGCCGGAGUUGCUGGUGCGCUGGUAUCAAGCGGGAGCCUAUCAGCCUUUCUUCCGGGUGCACGCCCACGUGGACACCACCCGCCGGGAACCCUGGCUUUUCGGCGAGGAGAACAAAGCCCUGAUCCGGGAGGCCAUUCGGGAGCGCUACGCCCUGCUCCCCUUUUGGUACACCCUUUUCUAUCAAUCUUACCGGACCGGCCAGCCCGUCAUGAGACCUCUCUGGGUAGAAUAUCCCCAGGAUCCCACUGUGUACAGCAUUGAUGACCAGUAUCUGCUUGGCAAUGCCUUGUUGGUUCAUCCAGUAACAGCACAAGGAGCUCGAGGCGUGCAGGUCUACUUGCCUGGCAAAGGAGAGGUUUGGUACGAUGUCCACACCCACCAGAAACUCCACGCACCCCAGACCCUUUAUUUAGCAGUCACCAUGAACAGUAUUCCGGUCUACCAGCGUGGCGGCAGCAUUGUGGCUCGGAAAGAGCGGGUUCGACGUUCUUCAGACUGCAUGCAGAACGAUCCUUACACGCUCUACGUGGCUCUGGGGCCUCAGGGGACCGCACAAGGAGAUCUUUUCGUUGACGACGGGCACACGUAUAACUUUGAGACGAAAGGACAAUAUCUGCACCGCCUCUUCCGUUUCUCUGGCAACAUGCUGACUGCCAGCACUGCAGAUCCAAAAGCCAGCUUUGAAACCCCGGCCUGGAUCGAACGGGUGGUGAUCCUGGGAGCGGGGAAACCCGCGGCGGUGUUCCUCAAGCAAGAUGAUGCAGCAGAGACUCGCCUGGAUUUCACCCACGAAGCCGAAACGUCUGUUUUAACCAUCCGCAAGCCCGCCGUCAAUGUCGGAGCAGACUGGAGCAUCUCACUACGAUAAUGGCACGAGGCGGGGGCGGGGGAGACAAGAAUUAGCUGGGCAGAGGGGCAGGGAGAGGUUGAGGUGGGGUUGAGAAGGUCUGGGUCAGGAGCAUCCCUGAUAUGUGGAGUAGGUAGAUCUGGAAGCUCCCCACCGCUACUGUAUCUCAGGUCCAGUGUUCCAUUCCAGAAGGCAUGACAUGGAAGAGGAAUAUCUUUCUCCUUCUCCUCUGAACCCUUCCCUCCCUC